UUUAAAAGAAAGACCCCUACUCUCCCUUCCCCCUCCUCUCUCUCUCUUCCGCCGCCAACACCGUCUUACUGGUAGCGCCGCUCCCCCCCCACUCGGUCUCCGCUGUAUUGUACGCUGUUUACUUCAGCCACUAGCUUGUUGGCGUAAAUUAUUUGAUUCGGGGCCGGCUAACGAUAUUUUCCUGAUACGUUCCUCUUCUAUUCGUGGGAUCUGAUAGAAGCACUGGCUGAUUUCACCAAGGAUUUCAGUCAUACUUGCGUGCAGAUGAUCGAAACAUACGUCAGUACAGCUGCCCAAGUCUUCGCAGGUUAAUUUUUAUUUUGUUUUCAAGAUAAUGGCGGAUUUUCACUUUGAUGAGAUAAUCAAGGUGCUCAAGAUCGAUAGCCAAGUAGUGUACGACAAAGUUUCACGAAUAAAUGCCGCAAGCGAAGACGGUGAUUCCAUUUUGGAAUUAGAUGUGCACACCGAGCUAUAUCCUAUGCUUCCUGGUGAAAAAUAUAGGAUGUUGAUUUCCACAACUCUGAAUGUGGAUGGUUCAGCUGUAGCUGAGUACUUCCCUGAGGGAAAACAGAAAUCACUUGCAGACAAGUUUGAGUAUAUUAUGCAUGGGCUUCUGUAUAAGAUGUCAGAAGCUAAAGAAAAGAUGGACGGUGGAGAUGAUGUUAAAGUGGAGGCAUACAUUUCAUUUGGAGGCCUUCAGAUGUUGCUAAAAAGUGAUCCUCUAAAGAUGCAUAAGUUUAGGAUUGAUCAAAGGUUGUUUCUUCUCUUAAGGAAGAUUUGACAUUGAACUUAAGAUCUUCGGGUUGCUUCUAUGUUGGAUAAACAAGUUUUUCAAUGGUAGUACCAUACAUGCUAUGAGAAUGUUGGAAUUAACUCACUAUUACAACCUGUUUUGAAGGUUAGGCAACAAUGAGACUGUGGACUGAGCUGGAAACUUGAUUACUUUGAUGAUAUCUUGAUUUUGUUGUGUGAUUGUUUCUGAGAAACUAUUAAGUGCGCUUCUUUUUUAA